AUGCCCUCAACUGAGUAUUUUGGCUCGACCGCUGUGAACCUGGGCCCUCUCACCACUACUUUUACGGCCCCAUCACCAUGCGCUACAGAGAGUGGAUUUCGCUUUUUCCAAUAUGUUGAUGCCUCAAACUCAUCAUUGAAGAGGGCCAUGGGCGCAUCGUCUUGCGGUAUCAGGACAGUAGGCUCUUGUAUGCCCUCGGGGGAUGGCAUUGAUCGGAUUCGAAACACUAUGACAAAACAAUGGUGGUAUUACUCCCCAGGAGUGGCCUGUCCUCUGGGCUGGACAACGGCCGGAACUCUCAAAGGAGGACCUGAGCCAACAGGAUCCGGAGUCUUUUCUGGCAAUCUUAAUCCUAGCCAGAUGCCACUCGUCGGGAUUGGCGAAUACUUCUCGAACAUACUCUAUGAAAACGAAACUCUUGCUCUGUGCCGCCCCAGUGGCUGGGCCGAAAAUGUCUACGGAAGCUGUACAUCUUCAAUGGGGCCAGUGACAUCAUACUCCAUUUCAAAGUACUGUGUCGAGGAUCGCUUGAGAGCACCAGACUACGGGGAUGAUUGGCUCGCACACAUCACAUUGUCUGAUAAAACCCGCUGGUCUUACAUCCAGGAAUCAAACACCUACACCCGAGCCUGGACCACUGAUGAUUUCGCCAACUGGGCCACUCCAUAUGCCAACAAGUCAAUAACAAGGCCGACCGAAAGCAUUUUCAUGGAAACAGUCACCCCUGGAAUACGAUUAGUGUAUCAACAGUCAGAUAUGGAAGCAGCAGCUAAGGAGACAGAGGGGGGAGGAUCUUCUCUAAAGAAGUCUGUCGGAGUUGUCGUGCCAAUGCUUCUAGUUGUCCUAUCUGUUCUUAUCAAUCUUUCUUGA